AAAAUUCUUUUUCUCCGAGUUUCUCGUUUUGUUUGUAGAUUUUGUCUGUUUUAUUUAUAGUUUUUCGAAAGAAGUUGGCGAAAUUGGCCAAGUAAAUUGCUAGACUGCUCCAGCCCGUAAAUUAGUUGUGUGUUUUGUGUGUCAGUGGCUCGUCGGGCAUAGAAUAUACAUAUAUCUAUAUAUAUAUAGUAUAGCAAUUUGUUAAUAGUUAAGUGGCCAAUAAAAGGAGAAGAAAUAUUCGCCACGCAAAAAUUCGGCCACUGAAUUUUGGCCUUCCAUGUUCCCAGCCUACGAUUGGUAACAUGAUGAGCAAUGUGGCCGGUGCGGCCGCUCCAGGUGGUGCACCAGGUCAACCGCAGCAGGAUUUCGAGGAGGGUGCUCCACGGACACCGACGCUGCCAAAUCCGCCGUCCUCGCAGGAGCAGGCAAGGACGCCCAACCAAGAGGGCCGCCAAACCACAAAUUCCCACUCCCGUCGAUCGGGUGGCGGCCAGGUGCCAUCGAAAACCCAGGGCAACAACGAGUGCCAGUUCUUCUUCGAGGACGAGGUAUUCCGCAUCGAUCGCCGUGGUCGCGUCCAUUUCGGCUUGGUAACCGAAACGACCGAAUCCUAUUCAUCCGACGACGAGGACGAUGACGAUGGCCUGUCCAAGGGUGAGGUGCGUGUGGCCUUCUAUCCAGAUGGCAAGGAGAUGGUGCACACGGAACAGUCGAUUGGUCUGGCGGAUCGCACCCUAAUGCCCGGCGAUGUGGUGCGAAGGCGUCUGCCAGGACAAAAGGAUCUGGUUGGCCAGGCGGGCUACGUGCGGGAUGUCAAUGUGCGCGCCGAUGUCAUGGUAAUGGGCUCCAAAAUGGUAAUCAAAAAUGUGCCCGCUGAGCGACUGCGUCCGAUAUCCGAAUGGACCAGGGAUGUGCCCGUCUGCCUGGACACCUGGAUUGGCACCACCGUCAAUGUCGACGAGUGCGCUGUGCUCAGAUCUGCCAAUGGAGCCCGUGUGGAGAUCACCUCCAACGAUUUCCACAAGUUUAAGGAUGCUGUGUCCCAAUGCGCCCGAGAGGUCUUCAAUCCCAAUGUCUACUUUCCGGGAAACAUUGUAGUCGGUCGCAUGCCGCCGCCGGAUCGUGUGAAGAAUCUGACUCCUGAGAUUACUCUUCCCGUAACUCGCAAGGGUCGUGCUGUGUACACCGUGGAAUCCAUACGCACUACAGCAGUCAAUGUGGCUUGGACUUGCCGCGCAAUCUCGAAGAUCGAAAAUGCCUUGGACUGCGAUCCUCUAAAGCAGCCAAGGACCUCGAUCAAGGGUGAGGAACUGAACAAUGUCAAGCGCCUUAGCAUCUAUGAGUCCUACGUGCUGCAAAUUCACGAUCGAUUCUACCUCAAAUAUUCAAAAUGUGAUCUAUUAGUUAAAUACGCCGACUGGGAAGAGGAACAAGCGGAGAAGUACAUCCCCAUUUAUCACACCCAGAAAAAGAUGGAGCGCAAGUCCAGCAAACUGAACGCAUCUGCUUCCAGCAGUGGGAACGCUCGCAGUGUACCAAAGUUCCGCCGCCUGGCCAACAAGUUCAGCGGUAUGCGCCUGCCUCGACCGGCAAGCGACCAUGCUCACAACGCUUGCAAGUCGUUUAAGCGCAGCAAAGAGGAUAUGUUGACAUCGGAGGAUGAGGAUGAUAUCGACGAGUCCAUACAGCCACUUGAGCAUUCGAUGACUGCUGAAAAAGAAGCGGAUGUGGUUGAGGAUUCACAGUCUCCGUCCGCUGCUACCACAGCUGCAGCCGGUGGCGGUGCUGGUGCUAGUGCUGGUGCCGGCGUCCAGGCUCCCAGAAUAACGAUGCGAUCUGCGAAGAGGCGACACGUAAAGAAAAAAAUGCGAUCUGUCAAAAAGCUAAUUUCUACACCUUUUACCAAAAAGGAAUCGACUCCCAAGGAUGGCGAUGAAAUCGUGGUGGAAACGCUGGUCGUUUACAGCUCGGUUACGGUUGUCUGGCAGGAUGGAACUGUGGAGACAGGCAUUCACUCCACUCAACUCUAUCCCAUCCAUCAUUUGGAUAACCAUGAAUUCUUUCCCGGCGACUUUGUGACCAAAGCUAAUGACAACAGUACGGGAGCCACCGAUUACGGGGUCAUUCAGUGCGUGGAUCACGAUGAACGCAUAGCCAAGGUCAUGUGGUUCAACAUCUACACCCAUGUGGAUAAUCCAAUUCCCUUGUUCAAAGAAUUGGAGGAGCUGAGCGUUUAUGACUUGAAGGAUCACUCCGACUACCAGUACCGACCCGGCACAAUGGUGAUCCGAGUGUCCAAUUUCACGGGUGAGGAUGUUAAUUCAACUGCUGGCCAGGUGAUCGACAACUACCCCGAUGGUCGAGUGCGUGUUUGGUGGGCAAAGGGGCAUAUCACAAUGUGCUACCCUCAGGAUCUGUUCGAGAUCAACCACAACGAUGAUGUACAAGAUGCAUACGAUUCAGAUGGAUCCGAAGACUCGUGGGAGACGCAAUCGGAAAACAGCCGCAUGUCGUCAAUGGACAACGAUGAUGAUAUUAUAACGGGCAUUGAUGGCGCCACGAGGGCAAUGAAAUCGCUUGAGAAGCUUUUCCGCGUUUUACACCCCAAUCGCAAAGCGGAAGUGCUUAACGAUCUGCUGGCUGUGUACAAAAAUUGCCGGGCCCUAGACCGUUUGCUGAAUACUAACUUCUUUGAUGAAUACCACUUUCAUGGCAUUGUGCGUUGCAAGCCUGCUACCUCUGAAGUAUGUUCUGAUACCAAUGAGCUUGCGCAACCAACCCCAGAGCCUUCGGCCGCCGUUCCCAAGGUGUCAUCAACGCUCCAGAUAGAGGUGGACCCAGUCUUGAUGUCACCGUCUGUUCAGUCAUCAUCCACUCCUACUAAGCGAAAAUCAUCCACGGAGAUGGAUGAAGUUCUAUGCAAAAAGAGCACUGAUGAGAUCACGGAGGAGCAAGACGACCAGGAGGAGGAGGAGGAAGAGGCACCAGAUGAUCCCCCGUUGGUGAGGAAGUAUCGCAACGAGUACACCGAAAUGUUCGCCAACGCACGUGAAAGUAUUGCAAAAGCGUUUGAAAAUCGUACAAAGAAUGAUUCUGGCGUCCACUCGCGCGGUGAAAUCACCUCGGAUGAGUCCAAUAAUCCAGACAGCGAAAAUAAGUUGGUCAUAAAGCCACACACAAUAAAUAUAAUGGACGACUUUGAAAUUGAAUUGGUUGCAAAUCGUGAUGCCGACGUUUGCGAAGUCUUUUGUUAUUUGAUCAAGGAUCAAAUGGCCAAUUGCCGCAAGGCGGUCGCUGAGACGUUGGACAAGUCAAAUAGCUAUCCCAAGCACGAGAACGAUGCGGUGGGCGUAGUAGAGGAAGCCGCUGAGGUGGUCUACGUGGCAACGGAAUCGUUCAAUGAUGGUGCUACCAAUGAUCAAAUGGCGGAGGAUGAAGCCAUGGAGCAGCCAUUGAAUCUUAACGCGCUGUCCGAGUCGCUGCCGGCCAUUGACAGUCCCAUGGCCUGCUCGUCACCAUCUCGUUCAAUGAUACCCAACACGCCAUCCGAUAACGAGAGUAGUUUCCAAGUACUGCCCAAUGCGCCAGCGGCACAUCAUUUUAUUAGCAACCAGGUGAUUCCUGCUAACAAAGCACAGUAUCAGCGAGCUGUGCAGCGGGAAUACCAUAUGCUUAUGAGCUCGUUACCUGACGGAGUUGUGGUACGUGCCUACGAGGAUCGCAUGGAUCUAAUGUCAGUAAUGAUGGUGGGACCAAAGCGCACGCCCUACCAGAACGCCCUAUUCUUCUUCGACUUUCAAAUUGGUCGCGACUACCCGAAGAGUCCGCCGGUAUGCCACUACAUCAGCUACUGCACGGAGCGCCUGAAUCCAAACUUGUACGAGGGCGGCAAGGUGUGUGUGUCGCUACUGGGCACAUGGUCGGGACGCGACAGCGAAGUGUGGUCGGCCAGCAGCACCAUGCUCCAGGUGCUCGUCUCCAUACAGGGACUCAUACUGGUCGAUGAGCCCUACUAUAAUGAGGCGGGCUACGAAAAGCAAAGAGGCACCCAACUGGGCAAUGAGAACUCUCGUGUCUACAACGAGAUGGCCAUCAUAAAAAUUGCCCACUCCACGGUGAAGCAGUUGAAGAAUCCGCCGCUCAUCUUUCGCAAUGAACUGAUUGAGCAUUUCAAGCAGUUUGGCAGCGAGCUGUAUGGCCGCAUGUUGGCCUGGUCCGAGUAUUCCCUUGAGGCACAGCGUCGGCGUGUAACCAGCAUCAAGGACAUGCCUGCGGAGUACAAGGCGCCCUGCGAGCUACCCGAAUUCCCGCUGCUGCCAUGCAGUCGUGGCUUUUGCAUAGCGGUCAAGGGCGUUUUGAGCCAACUACAAAGCGAGCUGACUGCCUUGGGUGCUAAUCUGGUUACGGAUGAACGAAAUGGCAUUGCGACUGGUAUUGGCACUGCGCCGCGUGCUGCUCCGGAGGAGAUCUGAGUGCCACGCGUCCUGCCCAGCGCAUGCCUGUGAAAAAAUGGUGCCUAUCUGAAGAACCACAAGACUUUUGCCGCUUGCGUUUUGGGAGUCUGAUCUGGGCCCCCGGCAAGGGUCACCGUUUUAUAGCCCCUUCCUCGAAUCUCGAAUUUCUCUCAGCUCAUAUUGCUGGCAAACAGCCUUUUAGUUAAACAAAAUUUGUUAAGAUUAUUGGUUAUUAGCUCACACAAACAAAACGAAAGAAAAACAAUGUAAAGCUGAAUUAUACAUAGCGCGCAACUAAGCAUAAACGGAUCCGCCUCAUGUAAUGUCAGUGAGUUUUAAUUUUUGUUGUUGUCAGGCCAGCCAACAAAUUGUAAUUAAUGUUUUGUUCCGACAAAUGUGAACGCUGGCCUACGCGAAUCCUUGUAGGCAUUCCACUAGAACUUAGCUUAGUUAGUCCCGCUCUCGUCCCCCAAUCAGCACCAUGUACGUAAUAUUGUAAGCUAGCCAAUGCGAGAAAUGUGAAUAAACUAGCAAUUUUAUUUAUUAUGCCUCCAA